AUGCCAGAGAAUAUCCGCUACCGCUUCUUCUUCAAGGGAAAGAGCUACUUGAUUCCGAAGGACUACAUCGACAAUGAGCACCCUGGUGGAAGCUAUGAAAUCAUGCCCUACGUCGACAAGGACAUGACGGAUGCAUUUGAGGACGUCGAUCACUCGCUGAAUGCCGUCGAAAUGCUCGAGGAGUGGUUGGAUGAAGAGUAUGACCUUGCCAUCCCGCCUGACUCGACCGCGGUGGCUUCUCCGGCGCAGGAGGGCGCAAAGACAGCGGGACCAGUCACGGAGGCGUCACCGCGAGCGGCUGCAGCUACCCCCGCAGUGCCUAUAGCAGCACCAACAGUCUCGACGGCACCGGCGGCUACCGCACCAGCGACCGCUAGCGAGCCCUCGACGCCGAAACUGUUCGUGCCUGCCGUGGCCACUGCUGCCGCAGUGGCUGUUUUGAUGGCGUCUAUUGCACUUGUGUACGUUGGAGUCCCCAAGAGGAGGUGA